CACUGUUGAUGUGGCAGCAUCUCUUUGCUUUCCUAGAACGGUAACACUGAUUGCGCGACUUUUUGGAUUGCUUACGUUUUUGCCCAGCUUUUUUUGUUAUUUAUCAAAAUAUAUUAUUGCAAUCAGUCAUAAUGGACUUUAACAGCAGCACCUACGAUCAGAAGUUCUUCAAUUUCACAGCAGCGCAGCUAACGGCAGAGCGUGAACAUAUUGUGCAGGACAUCAUUAGGAAAGGCAUUGGCCAGAUUAUCGAUAAGAUCAAGACGCCCGCAACGGCGGAUUUACUAGAGGCCCAGAGAGAAAACGUGGAGCGUCGGUUCCAGGCCGCCGCCGGCAAAGGCCUAAAAGCCCUGAGGGAACUGGACAGGAAGGUGUUCCACGUUCCAUCGCAUGUGCUGCAUCCGGAGCACAUGUUCUUCGCAAAUCAGUUUACCAGCGAGGAGGAGGAGCAGAAAGUAGCUAAGUUGGAGGAGCUGAAGGCCAAAUACAGAGAGAACAUGGCUAUGCUGGCACAUUUGAAGAUCGAGGAGGAAAAGUACGUCGCCAUGGAGGAUAUCAUCCAGAAGGAGAUCGAAAUGCAAGAUCGUGUUCAGCGAAGCUGCUCCGCGCUCAAUGUCAACAAACUGAAACAGUAUUGCAACCAAGUGCCCUUCCACGUCGAGAAGGAGGCUUGACUAAUUAAAAAAUUUAAUUUAUAAUCUUAUUUUUUAUAAUCCAUCAUCUAACUUCACAACUAGUUUUAACCUUAAAACCUUUCUAA